GGACGCGUCUGCGCAUGCGCGUCCAGCUGUCAGGGGCCGGAGCGUUCAGUGUGUAGUGGAGGGGCUUCAGUCUGCCCUCUCUCUGGUCCACGGACGACAACAUCAUAGAAGAUUAAAUCAAACAAGUUGAUGACAGAGCGGACGGACAGGAGAUGUGUGCUGCCGUGUACGUCCUGUCAACGGUAACCGGCUACGUGCUCACCUCUGCCCUGCUGCUGAAAUGUCCCACUCUGUUGCACCGGAAGAAGCGGGAGACCUUCCUCAGCAAACACAUCUCCCACCGCGGAGGUGCAGGCGAAAACCUGGAAAACACCAUGGCAGCUUUCAAACACGCAGUGGACGUGGGCACAGACAUGCUGGAGCUGGACUGCCACCUGACCAAAGAUGAACAGGUUGUGGUUUCACAUGAUGCCAACUUGCAGCGAGCCUGUGGAAUCAACGCUGACAUCUCCAACAUGACCUACGCUGAGCUCCCUUCAUACCUCUGCAAGCUGGGCGUGACUUUCCAGAGAGAGUGCGUCUGUGAGGGAGGGCAGGACAAACGCAUCCCUCUCCUACGGGACGUUUUUGAAGCAUUUCCAAACACCCCGGUCAACAUCGACAUCAAGGUCAACAACGACACUCUUAUCAAGAAGGUGUCUGAACUGGUGGUGAAGUAUGACCGAGAGCGUCUGACGGUUUGGGGCAACGCGAGCAACAAGAUAGUCAAGAAGUGUUAUAAAGAGAACCCUCACAUCCCGGUGUUGUUCAGCUUUCCCAGAGUGCUGCAGCUGCUGGGUCUCUUCUACACUGGCCUCCUGCCCUUUGUUCCCCUCAAGGAGCAGUUUCUGGAGAUCCCCAUGCCUUCCAUUAUCACCAAACUGAGGGAUCCUGACAGACUGACCAGGGGUCAGCGGCUGAUCACCUGGGUGGCCGACACCUUGCUAAUGAGGAAAGUCCUUUUUCAGCAUUUAACUGCCAGAGGAAUUCAGGUGUACGUCUGGGUGCUGAACGACGAGGAGGACUUCCAGAGGGCGUUCGACUUGGGAGCCACGGGAGUUAUGACAGAUUUUCCCACCAGGCUUAAAGAUUUCAUGGACAGGAAUGGCAUUUCUAAGCCCCAGUGACCUGCCAAAACCUACCUCACCCCGCCUCGCCAGCGAUUAUCCUUCAAGCUGACUGACCUGCCAAACCAGCCCCCCCCUCUCAACACACACACACACACACACACACACACACACACUCCCACUUUUAGUGCAUGCAUUCCAGCAGGGCUCCUCACACCCUGUUUUAUAGCGAGUACGGAUCCCCAAUGUGAUUCUACCAGUUGUUGUGUCGUUGAAACAAACUUUGCAGUGUGUCACUUCGAGGAAUCAUGGUACAUAUUCUUUACAUCAUUAUCCUGUUCACGGUGUGUUCCUUGCUGUGCAUUUACACCUCUGCACAAGUAUUAUAUUAAAACCACUUCACGUUUAAAAGAGUUAGAAAAAUAGGACAAAUUACCCAUUUGAAUAUCAUCCUUGGUAGUGUUGCCACUGUUGAAUAUUAUACGAAACCCCUAAUUUUUAACUUGAAAAUAUAUUUUUUCAAAAGAUUUAUUCAUAAGAAAAAAAACUUAUUUAAGCUUCUUUAAUGCUUUAAAAGUAUUUAAAAUGUUGCUACCUUUUAUUUAAGCAUUGUGAGGAGACACCAGCAGACACAGCUUGAUGUGUUGAUUUCAUUUAGCCGGUGGUUUCAUGCUGCUCGUCUCCUGCUGCCACUUCGUUCUGUCGAAUUCAGCCACAGAUGCACUGAGCAGUGUUAACACGAAGCACACACAAGUCCACACACUGCUUCUGUCUAAUGUAAACUGUGUAUAACUACAAGAAGUUUGCACCAUUUCUGCACUGUAUUUCGUUUUAGUGUGUGUGAGGGUGUGUUUUGAGUCAUUUCUAGGUUUGUCAUCAAAUCAUGAAGUGAUUAAUGAAUUGUGUGCCCAUUCUGAAAGAUUUUCUUUUGCACAAAAUAUUAAACUGAACUGAACUAUAAUUUCGAGGAUCUUGAAAGCCUAGUAGGACUGAUUUCUGUUGAUCUUUUGUUUGGGAAUCGACUGAAGACCAGCAUCAUUGAACUAUCCUCACUUUGAGUGUUACAGUAACAUUGAUCAUAUAAUCAUACCAAUGACAUGGCCGCGCUGUGAGGGUUGAUAAUGAAUGUAGAUGUUGAAUGUACUGUACAUUGUUGGAACUUUCCCAGCCAGAUGGUGUUCCUACAUGUGUUUGUCGUAUGGUGUUUUGUAUCGGUACUGUCACUGAGUUACACCUGCAAUCUGAUCCCUGGUGUUUCAUUUUCAGAACUCUCCAUGCAAACAUAUUUAAAGACUUUCUCCAACAAUCAUAUUUGGAAUUUUGUGAAUAUAUUUGAUGACUUUGCUCUGUGUUGCAUGCAGUGUUUUUAUUUUGGCAUGCUGUAGUGAAGCUGUUGAGUUUGAAUAUGUCCUAACAGAACCAGUUCAUGCGUCUUGGCUUAAAGGAAGUGCACUGAGUUUCUUUUUUGAUUCCCUUAAACAUUAAUUGUGGAAAUGAACUGUCCUCAAUAAACUCCAGAUAUG